UGAUAAAUCUUUAAGAUGAGAGAGUUUAUAGUUCUAACAUAUGUCUCACUUUACUUUUUUUCUCCAGUUGGUGUUAUCCGCUGUCCAAUUUGUGGUCAGGAAUGUGCAGAGAGACACAUCAUAGAUAAUUUUUUUGUAAAGGAUACCACAGAGGUUCCUAGUAGCACAGUGGAAAAGUCAAAUCAGGUCUGUACAAGCUGUGAAGACAAUGCAGAAGCAAAUGGUUUUUGUGUGGAAUGUGUAGAAUGGUUGUGUAAGACUUGUAUCAGAGCUCAUCAAAGAGUUAAAUUCACAAAGGAUCACACAGUCAGACAGAAAGAGGAAGUAUCUCCAGAGGCAGUUGGUGUAACCAGUCAGCGACCUGUGUUUUGUCCUUCCCACAAAAAGGAACAGUUAAAACUCUAUUGUGAAACUUGUGACAAGUUGACAUGCCGGGACUGCCAGUUACUGGAACACAAAGAGCACAGAUACCAGUUUAUAGAAGAAGCUUUUCAGAACCAGAAAGUGAUCAUUGAGACGCUUAUCACCAAACUAAUGGAGAAGACUAAAUACAUAAAGUUUACAGGGAAGCAGAUCCAAAACAGAAUCCUUGAAGUGAACCAGAACCAAAAGCAAGUUGAACAGGACAUUAAAGUCGCUAUAUUUACACUGAUGGUGGAAAUAAACAAAAAGGGUAAAGCUCUGUUGCAUCAGUUAGAGAGUCUGGCAAAAGAACAUCGGAUGAAACUUCUGCAGCAACAGCAGGAAGUGGCAGGUCUUUCUAAACAACUGGAACAUGUCAUGAAUUUUUCCAAAUGGGCAGUUUCCAGUGGGAGCAGCACAGCAUUGCUAUACAGCAAACGUCUGAUUACAUAUCGGCUACGGUAUCUCCUUCGAGCACGAUGUGAUGCCUCACCAGUGACUAACAACACCAUCCAGUUUCAUUGUGAUCCUAGCUUCUGGGCUCAAAAUAUUUUCAAUCUAGGUUCUUUGGUAAUUGAAGAUAAAGAAACUCCACCACACGUGCCCAAGAGCCCUGUGAUGGAACCAAAUUUACAGCCACAAAGUGGUUUACCUACAAACCAGCUAUCUAAGUUUCCAACACAGAUCAAUUUAGCUCAGCUACGACUCCAGCACAUGCAGCAACAGGUCAUGGCUCAAAGGCAACAGGCUCAGCGAAGGGCAGGUCCAGUGGGUCUACCAAAUCCGAGAGUUCCAGGACCAGUGCAGCAAGCUCCUACUCAUCAGCAUCCACCUCCACGCUUGAUUAACUUUCAGAAUCACAGCCCCAAGUCUAAUGGGUCAGUUCUUCCUGCACAACCACAGAUGAGGUUUCCCCAGGCCCAGAGCAUACCAAAACAAACCAUAAAACCCAACCCAUUACAGAUGGCAUUCUUGGCACAGCAAGCUAUCAAACAGUGGCAGAUCAGCAGUGGACAAACUUCAGCUGCCCCAUCAACUGCAAGCAGCACAACAUCCACCCCAUCCAGUCCCACAGUUACUAGUGCUGCAGGAUAUGAUGGAAAGACAUAUGGUCCACCUCUGAUAGAUUUGAGUUCUCCACUGGGUAGCUCCUAUAACCUACCUUCUCUUCCUGAUAUUGAUUGUUCGGGAAACAUUACACUGGACAAUAUUGUGAGGAAAGAUGGCGUUGUAGAGCAUACCCAGCCAAAACCCCCUUCAAACAGAACCGUCCAGUCUCCAAAUUCAUCAGUGCCAUCUCCAGGCCUCUCUGGAGCAGUAAGCAUGACUAAUAUCCAUCCUCCAAUUCGCUCACCCAGUGCUUCUAGUGUCGGAAGUAGAGGCAGCUCUGGCUCAUCCAGCAGACCACCUGGAGCUGAUUCUACCCACAGAGUCCCUGUUGUCAUGUUGGAGCCAAUCAGGAUUAAACAGGAAUCUAGUGCACCGAGUGAGAACUAUGAUUUCCCAAUUGUCAUAGUAAAACAAGAAACAGAUGAAGAAUCCCGUCCUCGAAAUGCCAACUUUUCAAGAAGCAUACUUACCUCAUUGUUGUUGGAUAACAAUCGUAAUUCCUCUUCUGAUGAAACUGUUUUAAGAACAGAUGCUCCAGAUAGCACAGGUGACCGACCAGGGAUACUUCAGGAGAACACAUCCAAUGGAAAGACAACAUGGAUAGGUGCCUCUCACAUUGGGGAUAGCAGAAAAGAGGAUGACCCCAAUGAGGACUGGUGUGCAGUGUGUCAAAAUGGAGGGGAGCUCCUUUGUUGUGAGAAAUGUCCAAAAGUAUUCCACCUUACUUGUCAUGUCCCUACACUGAUGAACUUUCCAAGUGGAGAAUGGAUUUGCACGUUCUGUCGGGACUUGUCCAAGCCAGAAGUAGAAUAUGAUUGUGAUAACCCCAGUAACAAUGCUGAAAAAAGAAAAUUGGAAGGAUAUACAGGAUUGGCACCAAUAGACCGGAGGAAGUGUGAAAGGUUACUGCUGUACCUCUACUGCCAUGAAAUGAGCCUUGCUUUUCAAGAUCCAGUUCCUCCCACGGUACCUGAUUACUACAAAAUAAUCAAGAAGCCAAUGGACUUGUCAACUAUCAAAAACAGAUUACAAGUAAACCAUUCAUUCUACUCAAAGCCAGAGGAUGUUGUGGCUGAUUUCAGACUGAUUUUCCAAAAUUGUGCUGAAUUUAAUGAGCCUGAUUCAGAAGUAGCAGAUGCUGGCAUGAAACUUGAAGUAUACUUUGAAGAGCUUCUGAAAAGCCUUUAUGCUGAGAAGAAAUUCCCUGUACAACCUCACUCCCGGGUUGAGAGUGAAAAUUCAGAACUUGCUGAUGACUCGGACAAUGAUUUUGUACAGCCCCGGAAAAAACGUCUCAAAGUAGAAGACCGCCAGUUCCUUAAAUGAAUCGCAUGUACUGUUACGAAGCUUUUUUAAAACUAAAAAGUAUUUAUCUGUCAAUUGUCAAGAAGGAAAAUUAUGACCAUUUUGACCUGUAGGUUUGUGAUGUUUACUAGACUUUUUUUCUCCGCCCUUCAAACACAAAUCUACUGGAAAUUGAGGCAUGUGGAGAGACUUUUCUGUGAUGUUCAAUACUUACAUCCCACUUUUGGAAUACCACUAAAAGAGCAACCUGAGGUGACAGUUGCUCAACUCUGCUUAAGGGAAGAAAAAAAGAUUUUGUACAGAAUUAAACUGUAAAAUGUUACAUGAGUUCAUCAUGUGGCUUUCUCACGUUUUGAGAAAAUGUGAUAUCACCAGACAUUAAUUCUACCAAAGGCAUGUGGCUGGCCAUAAUUUGAGUUCCUUGUACUGUAUUUAACCCCAAAGCCAUGAAAGCAGAUGAUGUAAUAUUGUUGUCCUAGGAUACCUGAUUGGUACAAUGGAAGUGUAGUUGCCCCCAAAGAAAUUACUGGUGAUAAUUUGAAACAUGUGGGGAGUGUAUUAAAAUAUAUUAAAAAAA